AUGGUACAGUAUCAGGCCACAUGUGCGGCCCCAUUAUGUAACAAUAUUUAUUCAUGGCCAGGCAGUGCUGGUUACAGUUGUCCUGCAAUCUCACCUUGUUACAAAUUACGUACAUCGACAAAUGGAACCAUAUGUGUACCACAAGGAGCAUGCCGUUUCUUCGAUAAAUGCAUCAGUGGCACACGCUGUGCAUCGAAUUUAACGACAUGUGUUGUUGAUAGUUGUUGUUCAGCACCUAUUUGUGUGCCAUUAGCAUUGGCUAGUCUUUGUGAUCAAUCAACUCCAACUGGUACAGGUAAUGAAACAAAUUUAUUUUUCAAUUUAUAA